AUACCUCGAAAAAUAGUACGCCAGUGCAGUGAACCCCGACGGUAAAUUGAAGAUUUUCCGUGUUUUAUUGAUAUAAAACCAACGCGGAGCGUCGCGGAUGCUAUCGAAGUGCGUCGUCGGACUGUAAAAAAUUGAAGAUGUCCGCGUUGAGUGUGAGAGCGCCCGGCCUGCAGGCCACCACAGUGCUGGACACGAGGUCGUUACGUGUACGAGGUGUGACUACCCUGGAUGGUGUCAGGAGAAACCUGUUCGGGUGUACGGACAGGGAAGAGAACAGAAGGUUCGUGGAGAGAGAGCUAGCUAGGCAGCUGGAACUGGACAGCCAAAGAUGGGGUUUCGACUUCGCGAAUGAGAAACCGCUAGCCGGUACCCAGAGGUUCGCCUGGCAACUCGUUCCAGCGUCUACGAUUCCCGCAGCACUUAGAAGGUCACCUAUCACGAUCACAACACCAAAACCUGCGACAACUGUACAAGAAACAAAAGUGUCCAGUCCAGAAAACAACAAAACGCAAAAGAGAAUAACAGAUUUCCUGAAGCCCCGCAAGCGAUUACCUAGCAACGGCAAGAAAUCACCAGCACAUAAGCACAAGCAUGAAUGUGGGCACGGGGCCCACUUGCGGCCCCCCAAGGUAGCAAGACUAUCGCAAGCACACUUUAAGCGCACUAGCUAGGCCGAGGCUAGGCUUAUCGCGCUACGAUUGAACGCCAGGAAAAAAAAACUACGGCAGCUCAGGAUUGAACAUGUCACGACAUUCUAUAAUACAGUGGUUCUUAACCAUCGGUCCCUGGUGUGUGAUCCGCGAUAGCGGAGUGAGUGAGUCUCACUGGGCCAUAACUAAGUACUGCAAUUACAACUAAUUAGGAACUAACGUUGCAAAAUACAAGUUUCGACAAGUCCCUCGUCGUUAAGAACCGCUGCUAUAAUAGAGACCUCAUACAGAACAAAUGGAUCAAAACUACAUCGCGGGUUUCGAGUGGUUUUAUGAUUCGGGAACAGACUCAAGUCAAUUUUACCUCAGAUCAUGUUUGAUAUUUUUUUUCCAAUUAUGUUGGCGUUCGAGUCGAGCGCCCGUACGUGAGGCAAUUGUGCAAAUUUAUUUUAUAUCUCUUAAUUUAUUUGAUUGUCAAUGAUGCAAUCGCAUUGAAGAACAAUAUAAUAACGUUAAGUAAUUUGUAAGAUAGUUUCAGACAUUUAUAAUAGCAUAUGAUUUAAUAAUAUAUUAAUACGACCCGGUCACGUCACUGAAACAUCACAAUUUCUUUUUUAAAAUUUAUUUGCUCAACGAUUAUUAACACUUCAAACAAAAAUAGACCGAAACAAAAAAUAUAUAUUCACAACUUGCAGUUAU